AUGGGAACCGAACACUUCCAAUCGCAACUCCAAUCCACCGAACUCCGACUGGCGAUCUUAUCCAAGUGGGAUAUCCCCAAAGGCUCAAGAAUCCUCGAGCUAGGAUUCGGACAAGGAGAUUGCACUGCUGUCCUCGCUGAGCUCGUGGGUCCAAACGGUCAUGUCACCGCGGUAGAUCCAGGAUCGUUGGACUACGGAUCCCCUUACACGCUCGGACAAGCGCAGGAUAACCUGUCGUCUAGCGUGCUGGGUCCACGGAUCACCUGGAAGCACGCCGAUCCCGUCGAAUUCCUGAAAAAUCAUGACGGCCAGUACGACAUCGCGGUUCUCGUGCUCUGCACCUGGUACUUCGCAUCGCCGAAGGUCCUCAGCGAUAUGCUCUCGAUGCUGGCCAAGAGCAAUGUCGGUAAAGUCUGCAUCGCAGAAUGGAGCCUCUCCUCCAACCAAGCGCAGAGUCAUAUUCUUGCUGCUCUCGCUCAGGCGGCAUUGCAGUACCAUAACCUGUCUUCGUCGGCCAACAUUCGUACUCUAUUUUCUCCGGCAGUCCUCGAGGCGAGCGCCACCGUGGCUGGGCUCAAACUUGAGAGGUCAUCGACACUAAUCCCUGCCGAUAACGUAUUGGAUGGCCUGUGGGAGGUGCAGAUUGUGCUUGGUGACGGGUUUAUGAAAGAUUUGGAUAGUUUCGUGAAGGAUGACAGGCAGAGGUCCCUGAUCAUGUCGAUGAGGGAUGCAGUACGGGCGAGUUAUGAGCAGGCUGGUGGGAAAAAGCAAGUACGUUCCAUGGACGUCUGGUAUGCUACAUUUUUGAAGGCUUGA